GACGCUUUGCACUGGAUAUGCUGCCAGUAAAGUCACCGGCUCCCUGCUGUCUUGAACGAAAUUACGUAGAUUCAGAAAAUGGAUAGAUAUCAACGAAUUUUUAUCCAGUUAAAUUAAGUGGGUAGCUGCUUUUGGUGAAUGACAUCAUAUUCAAGCACUGCACUUUGACCCAGUAAGACACUUACACCACCACAAGGAGGAAAGAGAAGAAAUGGUGAACUUUGGAACAGGUUUAAAAGUCAAUUACGUGCCAAUUCUGUUCUUUUAAUGCCUUGCUUCCUUGGAAUUAUUGAAGAUUAGCAAGAAGCCUUUAAGAUCUUAUGUAACUAGACAGGUUAAGAACAUGGCUCAAGAGCCCCGCCAAGAACAUUGCACAGAAGACUCUUCCGAACAUACUGACUUUCCUUCAUGUUCCUUGAUGACUUUAAGUGAGUGUGCAGCACGUGAAGCUGCCCCUCCACUGGAUGGAUCUGUCCCACUUCCUGGAAAUGCCCCUCUUUCUUCAUCUCCAUGGCAAUCUCCAAUAUCUUCCAGUGUGGACCACCCAUCAGAUAUUCAGCUUGUGGGUGACACAUACAGGGUCCAUUCCCAGGCCAGCAAUCGAGGGAAGGAGCGUCUUAAGUUCAUCAUUGGUUCUUCAGAAGACAAUUCCUCGGAUGAAGAGCUGACUGCUCCUGAAAAUGUGACAUCUCACUUCCAAUCUCUGGCACGGCCCACCAUUUUGUUAGAGCAACAUCCCAUACCAAGUACCUCUAGCAUGUGCAGCCAGUUGAGGCCCAGCAUGUCAGGCCCUCAUCUUAUGAAAAAGGGACGAGAGUAUAAGAAAAUGGAUCCACACAGGGACUUUGCGGUGGCCUCCCCUGCUGAGUUUGUUACACGAUUUGGAGGAAAUCGUGUUAUUGAAAAGGUGCUGAUUGCAAACAAUGGCAUUGCUGCUGUCAAGUGCAUGCGCUCCAUUCGCCGUUGGUCAUAUGAGAUGUUUAGGAAUGAGAGAGCCAUCCGGUUUGUGGUGAUGGUGACUCCUGAGGACCUGAAAGCCAAUGCAGAAUAUAUUAAAAUGGCAGACCAUUAUGUGCCUGUUCCAGGUGGACCUAACAACAAUAACUAUGCUAAUGUGGAGUUGAUUGUGGAUGUGGCCAAUAGGAUUCCAGUACAGGCAGUCUGGGCUGGAUGGGGACAUGCUUCUGAGAAUCCCAAACUUCCUGAACUACUGCAGAAAAAUGGAAUAGCUUUUCUUGGUCCUCCAAGCAAGGCCAUGUGGGCACUGGGUGACAAAGUGGCAUCAUCAAUUGUUGCUCAGAGUGCAGAUAUCCCAACUCUGCCCUGGAGUGGCUCAGAACUCAGAGUGGAAUGGUCCGAACGCAACCAGCAACUUGGGCAAGUAAUCAGUGUUCCUCCAGAUAUUUAUGCCAAAGGCUGUGUCAAGGAUUUUGAAGAAGGACUUUUGAGUGCAGAGAAAAUUGGAUAUCCAGUCAUGGUAAAAGCUUCAGAAGGUGGAGGUGGAAAAGGUAUCAGAAAGGCUGACAAUGCCGUGGAUUUUGCCAAUUUUUUCCGCCAGGUCCAAGCAGAAGUUCCCGGCUCUCCAAUCUUUGUCAUGCAAGUUGCAGAACAUGCACGGCACUUAGAAGUGCAGAUCCUUGCUGACCAGUAUGGGAAUGCCAUUUCUUUGUUUGGCCGAGACUGUUCCAUUCAAAGACGCCACCAGAAGAUCAUUGAGGAGGCUCCAGCAACCAUAGCUGCUCCAGCUGUGUUUGAGUUCAUGGAGCAGUGUGCAGUGCGAAUGGCUAAGAUGGUAGGCUAUGUGAGUGCUGGGACAGUGGAGUACCUCUACUGUGAAGAUGGCAGUUUCCAUUUCCUAGAGUUGAACCCACGACUACAAGUGGAGCACCCUUGUACGGAGAUGAUUGCAGAUGUCAACCUCCCUGCAGCACAGCUUCAGAUUGCAAUGGGAAUUCCUCUGAACAGGAUCAAAGACAUUCGAGUUCUUUAUGGAGAGACACCCUGGGGUGAUUCACUCAUUGAUUUUCAGAACCCUGGUAGUACCCCCUGCCCACGUGGCCAUGUCAUCGCUGUGAGAAUUACCAGUGAGAACCCUGAUGAGGGCUUCAAACCAAGUUCAGGCACUGUGCAGGAACUGAAUUUUCGCAGUAACAAAAAUGUCUGGGGAUAUUUCAGUGUCGGCGCUGCUGGGGGUUUGCACGAAUUUGCUGACUCUCAGUUUGGCCACUGCUUCUCCUGGGGAGAAAAUAGGGAGGAAGCCAUUUCAAACAUGGUGGUUGCAAUGAAAGAACUGUCCAUCCGUGGGGAUUUCCGAACAACAGUGGAAUAUUUGAUCAAACUGUUGGAGACUGAGAGCUUCCUAAAUAAUGAUAUUGACACGGGUUGGCUUGAUCACUUGAUAGCAGAAAAGGUUCAGGUUGAGCGACCUGAUACUAUGCUUGGAGUGGUCUGUGGAGCACUACAUGUGGCUGACGCCACAUUCAGAAAAAGCAUGUCCGAUUUCCUGCAUUCACUUGAGCGGGGCCAGGUCCUUCCUGCUGACUCCUUGGUGAACACUGUCAGUGUCAAUCUGAUUUAUGAAAGUGUCAAGUACAAUUUACAGGUGGCUCGUCAGUCUCCCACCACAUAUGUGAUAAUCAUGAAUGGAUCUCAUAUUGAGAUUGAUGUACACAUUCUGAGUGAUGGUGGUCUCCUCCUGUCCUAUGAUGGCAAUAGCUACACCACAUACAUGAAGGAAGAAAUAGACAAGUAUCGCAUUAUCAUUGGCAACAAAACCUGUGUAUUUGAAAAGGAGAAAGAUCCCACAAUUCUCAGGGCACCCUCUGCUGGCAAACUUCUGCAGUACAUGGUAGAAGAUGGAGGGCAUGUUUUUUCCAAGCAGUGCUAUGCAGAGAUUGAAGUGAUGAAGAUGGUGAUGACCCUGACAGUUGAGGAAUCAGGCUGUGUUCACUAUGUUAAGAGACCUGGGGCGGUGCUGGAGGCUGGUUGUAUUGUGGCUCGCAUGGAGCUGGAUGAUCCUUCUUCUGUUCACCCAGCCAGGCUUGACACAGAGACACGUCUGCUCCAGCAGCCUCCGCCAGUGCUUGGGGAGAAGCUUCAUCAGGUUUUCCACAGUGUCCUGGAAAAUCUCAUUAAAGUUAUGGAUGGAUACUGCUUGCCAGAGCCUUUUUUCAGCAGUAAGGUGAAAGAGUGGGUUGGCAAGCUGAUGAAAACCCUAAGGGACCCUUCUCUCCCUCUGCUAGAACUGCAGGAAAUCAUGACCAGCAUCUCGGGUAGGAUACCUGUGACUGUGGAGAAAGCAGUACGCAAAGUCAUGGCGCAGUAUGCCAGUAAUAUCACCUCAGUGCUUUGUCAGUUUCCAAGUCAGCUGAUAGCCAAUAUUCUGGAUAGUCAUGCUGCUACUCUCCAAAGGAAAGCUGACAGAGAGGUCUUCUUCAUGAACACUCAAAGCAUUGUGCAGCUUGUACAGAAGUACCGCAGUGGAAUUCGUGGCUAUAUGAAGUCGGUGGUACUGGACCUGCUUCGACGUUACUUGCAGGUGGAAAUGCAGUUCCAGCAAGCACACUAUGACAAAUGUGUUAUCAAUCUACGGGAGCAGUACAAGCCAGACAUGACGCCGGUUUUGGAGUGCAUCUUCUCUCACUCACAAGUUGCCAAGAAGAACUUCUUGGUCAUUUUGCUCAUUGACCAGCUCUGUGGCCGAGACCCAACUCUGGCAGAUGAGCUAAUGGUAAUUUUGAAUGAACUCACUCAGCUUAGCAAGACUGAAAACUCCAAAGUAGCUCUUCGUGCUAGACAGGCCCUAAUUGCAUCCCACAUGCCCUCUUAUGAGUUGAGGCAUAAUCAGGUGGAAUCCAUAUUCCUUUCUGCCAUUGAUAUGUAUGGUCAUCAGUUUUGCCCUGAAAAUCUCAAGAAACUGAUACUGUCAGAGACCUCUAUUUUUGAUGUUCUGCCAAAUUUUUUCUACCACAGUAACCAGGUUGUGUGCAUGGCUGCCCUAGAGGUUUACGUGCGAAGAGCCUACAUUGCAUAUGAAUUAAACAGCUUGCAGCACCACCAAUUGCAGGAUGGCACCUGUGUUGUGGAUUUUCAGUUCAUGUUACCCUCAUCCCAUCCCAACAGGAUGUCUGUACCUGUUAGUGCGGAUCACUUUGAUCUAAAUCGCCAGGGAAGUGAUCUCUUCAUGGAAGGUGCCUUCUCUCCUCCCUGCCAACGGAUGGGUGCUAUGGUUGCUUUCGAACGCUUGGAAGAUCUCACAAGAAACUUUGAUAAAUUGAUUUCCUGCUUUGCUGACCCUCUACUAGAAAGCCCCCUGUUCACAGAGGCUCGCACCACUGUUUAUGAUGAGGAAGACUGUAAGAGUUUAAAGGACGACCCAAUACACAUCAUCAAUGUAUCCAUAAGGACGGCUGAUGAGCAGAAUGAUGAUGAUUUAGUUAAAGCCUUGGGUACAUACGCCCAGUCCAAGAAAUCUGUCCUUUUUGAAUAUGGAAUUCGAAGAAUCACAUUUCUGAUUGUGCAGAAGAGAGAGUUUCCUAAGUACUUUACUUUUAGAGCUAGAGACCAGUUUGAAGAGGACCGUAUUUACCGAAAUCUUGAGCCUGCCUUAGCUUUCCAGCUUGAGCUGAACCGAAUGCGAAACUUUGACUUGACAGCAGUUCCCUGUGCUAAUCACAAGAUGCAUCUCUACCUUGGUGCAGCUCGAGUUGAGGAAGGGGCAGAGGUCACAGACUACCGUUUUUUUGUGCGGGCUAUCAUCCGUCAUUCUGAUCUCAUUACCAAGGAGGCAUCAUUUGAGUACUUGCAGAAUGAAGGUGAGCGACUGCUGCUAGAAGCCAUGGAUGAGCUGGAGGUGGCCUUUAACAAUACAACCGUUCGCACAGAUUGUAAUCACAUCUUCCUCAAUUUUGUUCCUACUGUCAUUAUGGACCCUUCUAAGAUUGAAGAGUCAGUGCGUUCAAUGGUUAUGCGUUAUGGCAGCCGGCUGUGGAAACUGAGGGUCCUUCAAGCAGAACUCAAGAUCAACAUCCGUCUGACACCCACAGGCAAGGCCGUUCCCAUUCGCCUUUUCCUGACCAACGAAUCUGGGUACUAUUUAGACAUUAGUCUGUAUAAGGAAGUUACUGACCCUCGCACAGGACAGAUCAUGUUCCAGUCCUACGGCGAUAAACAAGGCCUGCUGCAUGGGAUGCUCAUCAAUACCCCAUAUGUCACUAAAGACUUAUUGCAGUCAAAGAGGUUCCAGGCACAGUCUCUGGGUACAACAUAUGUGUAUGACUUCCCAGAAAUGUUCCGGCAGGCUCUGUUCAAACUUUGGGCAUCAGAGGUGGAUUCCCCAAAAGAUGUCCUGAUGUGUACAGAGUUGGUCCUGGACAAUCAAGGCCAGUUGGUGCAGAUGAAUAGACUUCCAGGAGGCAACGAUGUGGGAAUGGUGGCCUUCCGGAUGAGGAUAAAUACUCCAGAGUACCCUCAGGGUCGUGACCUUAUUGUCAUCUGCAAUGACAUCACUUUUAAAAUUGGAUCCUUUGGGCCUCAGGAAGAUCUGCUGUUCCUGCGUGCCUCUGAACUGGCGAGAGCUGAGGGCAUUCCACGCAUCUACAUUUCCGCCAACAGUGGUGCACGAAUUGGUUUGGCAGAGGAGGUCAAACAUAUGUUCAAAAUUGCCUGGAUUGAUCCAGGAGAUCCUUACAAGGGUUUCAAAUAUUUGUACUUGACACCUCAAGACUACACUCGAAUUAGCUCCUUGAACUCUGUGCACUGUGAGCAUGUGGAGGAAGGUGGCGAAUCCCGGUACAUCAUAACUGAUAUAAUUGGGAAGGAGGAAGGCCUGGGAGUGGAGAAUCUGAGAGGUUCUGGGACCAUUGCUGGAGAAUCAUCCCUUGCUUAUGAGGAGGUUAUCACAAUUAGCAUGGUGACCUGCCGAGCAAUUGGAAUCGGUGCCUACCUGGUCAGACUUGGGCAACGCGUCAUCCAGGUAGAAAACUCCCACAUCAUUCUGACUGGAGCCAAUGCACUCAAUAAGGUUCUUGGCAGGGACGUCUACACAUCAAACAAUCAGCUGGGUGGAGUUCAGAUCAUGCACAACAAUGGGGUGUCUCACGUCACUGUCCCAGAUGAUUUUGAAGGUGUCUUCACUAUUUUGCAGUGGCUUUCUUACAUGCCCAAGGACAAGAAAAGUCCCCUCCCAGUGAUUAAGCCAAAGGACCCAGUUGAGCGAGAGAUAGAGUUCACACCAAUCAAAGGACCCUAUGACCCUCGAUGGCUUCUGGCUGGAAGAGCUCACCCUAAUAUUAGGGGCAGCUGGCAGAGUGGCUUCUUUGACCAUGGUUCUUUCAUGGAAGUGAUGACAUCUUGGGCGCGAACAGUUGUGGUAGGCAGAGCCAGGUUGGGGGGAAUCCCUGUUGGUGUAAUUGCAGUUGAAACACGGACAGUUGAAGUGACUAUACCAGCUGAUCCUGCCAACCCAGAAUCAGAAGCACAUAUUUUACAACAGGCCGGACAGGUGUGGUUUCCGGACUCUGCCUUCAAGACUGCUCAAGCUAUCCGAGAUUUCAACCGCGAGGGGCUGCCUCUCCUUGUAUUUGCCAACUGGAGAGGAUUUUCUGGAGGAAUGAAAGAUAUGUAUGAUCAAGUCCUCAAGUUUGGUGCCUACAUAGUAGACAGUUUGAGGGAGUUCUUCCAGCCCGUUCUCAUUUACAUCCCCCCUCAUGCUGAACUCCGGGGGGGCUCCUGGGUAGUAAUUGAUCCUACUAUCAACCCACUGUGCAUGGAGCUGUAUGCUGACCAGGAGAGCAGAGGAGGGGUACUGGAAGCAGAGGGCACUGUGGAGAUCCGAUUCAGGAAGAAGGAUUUGGUGAAGACCAUGAGGCGAAUUGAUCCUCUCUACGCACGACUGGCUGAGCAGUUAGGCACACCAGAGCUCUCAGAGGAAGAACGCAAAAACCUAGAAAAACAACAGAAAGCACGAGAGGAGUUCUUGCUGCCCAUCUACCACCAGGUUGCUGUGCACUUUGUGGAUCUUCAUGACACCCCAGGGCGCAUGCAAGAGAAAGGUGCCAUAACAGAUAUCCUCGAGUGGAAGAAUGUGCGGGUCUUCUUUUAUUGGCGGCUGCGGCGCCUUCUCCUGGAAGACGUGGUGAAGCGGGAGAUCCUCCAAGCCAACAGCGAGCUGAGUGAUGGACACAUCCAGUCCAUGCUGAGGCGCUGGUUUGUGGAAACAGAAGGGCCAGUCAAGGCAUACCUCUGGGAUAAUAACAAGUCUAUGGUGGAGUGGCUAGAGAGGCAUCUGACGGAAGAAGACGGCACUCGCUCAGUCAUCCGAGAGAACAUCAAGUAUCUGAAGAGGGAUUAUGCUCUGAAGCACAUUCGCAGCUUGGUGCAGGCCAAUCCUGAAGUUGCCAUGGACUGCAUUAUACACAUGACCCAGAACAUCAGUCCAUCCCAGAGGGCUCAGAUCAGCCGCCUGUUGGCCACAAUGGACUGCACACCUUCCAGCUGAGGCCUCCAAGUAGCAAUUGCCAAGUUCUGGAACACACCAAGUUGGGAGGUGCAGUCAGUCCACCUGAAUACAGCAAGCUUACAUAUUCUUUAUGGUUUGUUAGAGCCAGUGGGCCUUGUUGAACUUUUAGGCCUUUUUAAUUCUGGACUGAACCUCAGUAGCUCAUCUGCUCUGUGGUGUGUAAAACCUGUUUGAACUUGGAACCCUUGCCUAGUGGAAUUCUGCAGGUGAAAGCUGGACCACUACUGGAGAAGGUCCAGGGAAAAAAGUAUUGGAAUAUACAUAAAUAUUCCGACUGCUACUCUGAGUUCAGCCUUUGGGCAUUAUUGUGUGACCUUAGCGAGAUGUUGGAAAGGACUGUCUCAAGGACAGAAGGGAGUUCUGGUAUUAAGCAGCAGUGACGCAGCUUGUUGACCUCCUCAGGGAUGAAUGUAACCUCUUUAUGAAAUUGUUGCUGGAGCCAGUUCUUUAGGAUGCUGUCCCCUUUCCAGUGAUGGGGGGAGUCAAUGGAUUGGAGGGCCCAGUUUAAGUAUUUGCAGCAGGGCUGCUAUGUGAAAAAAAAUGGCUCGGUUAUUGGAGAUGAGCACUUUAUUUUAUUUUUGUUUUUCUUUCUGUUAAUACAAGUGUAAGUGCCUACAGUUUGGUCUUCUUUUUAACAAAGGUUAUAUCUACAAGCCUAAUAUAGGUUUCCAGAAGUGA